UUUUCAUUGUGUUUUGCAGAUAUGACAAAUGGUGGCGUGCAAGGUCCCAUUGAGGGUUAUAAUUCUUUGGAUGAAGUCACAACAACAACAGCCCCAACAACUACAAACAUACCAACCAGUUACAUGCAUCCCAAGUGGAUUGAACCAUACUUUGAUCCAUCAACACCACGUAACGUUACGGGGUUAAUGGGUAAAUCAGCAUAUCUGAGCUGCCGUGUAAGGAAUUUGGGAAAUAAAACGGUUUCCUGGAUACGGCAUCGCGAUAUUCACAUACUCACUGUUGGCUCUUAUACUUAUACAUCGGAUCAACGCUUUCAGGCUACACAUCAUCAGGACACUGAUGACUGGACAUUGCAAAUAAAAUGGGCGCAAAAACGGGAUGCCGGCAUGUAUGAGUGUCAAAUAUCGACGCAACCCGUGCGUAGUUAUUUUGUCCGCCUUAAUGUUGUGGUGCCAACGGCCACCAUUCUUGGCGGACCUGACCUUCAUGUCGACAAGGGCAGCACCAUAAAUCUCACUUGCACAGUCAAAUUCAGCCCGGAACCGCCAGCAUACAUAUUCUGGUACCAUCACGAAGAGGUCAUUAAUUAUGAUUCGUCAAGAGGCGGUGUUUCCGUAAUUACCGAAAAGGGCGAUGUGACAACAUCAUUUCUGCUCAUACAGAAUGCGGAUUUGGCUGAUUCGGGCAAAUACUCGUGCGCGCCCUCGAACGCAGAUGUUGCCAGCGUGCGUGUACAUGUACUAAAUGGUAAGUACAUCCGUAUUUGUUUUGCUGUCCUUGCUGUCCUUGCUGUCAGUGCUGUGCUAGCUGCUUCUCAUGCGUCGGCUACUGCGGUGGUUGCUGCGACUGCAGCGUUUAAAGCACCUACGCUGACGAAGUCAAUGAAGGAGUUGGCUGCUGCAAUCGCACACAAAAUCUGA